AUGGGCGCCCGCAAGUCUGACACUUUGCGCAUCCAGCAUGCCUCCGUAAGGCCAAACGCAUCUUUUGUCGCAGCCACUUUGCUCAUCGCUUAUCGUCCCAUCGCUUGGUGCCGACCAGCGGGCGAUGCGUGUGGUCCUAACAGCGCUUCAAAGGACAAAGACAGGAUGAGUACGUUUGGACGCAAAAGAUCGCUAGAGCUCUGUUGGCCAACGAAACGUCGGUGUGAGGCCAUUGUACUCGCUGAGUUCUCGAAACCAUGA